AUGGCGGACUCAAUCAUGGAAAAGGAGAAGAAUAUCACUCCUUCAUCUUCAGAAGAACAUGGACUAGGAAACACAACGCAAGAAGUUACUCUCACAAAGGACGGCUUCAGUGUCCAUCCGCAACCCAUCCAAGAUGACCCCUUGGACCCCCUCAACUGGUCACCGUUCCAGAAGAACGUCAUCCUCGCCAUCGUCAUGGCAUUAUACUUCAUGUUCACAUACAUCACAACGACAACAGUCCCCUCCUUUCCCGAGAUCCAAGAACAAUAUUCCCUCACCCUCGAGAUGGUAAACUGGACCGUCGCCAUCCCCGCUCUAGGCCUCGCACUCGGGCCUCUGAUCUGGUCUUCCCCCGCAGACAUCAUCGGCCGCCGCCCCGUCUUCAUCCUCGGAACCAUCGUUGCCUUCGCCGCCACCAUCGGAGCCGCCAAGGCUGAUUCGUACGGGGGAUACAUGGCCGCCCGUCUCUUCCAGGGUUUGGGAGUCAGUCCCGCAGCGACUGUAGGUUUGGCAAUCAUCAACGACAUGUUCUUCGAACACGAGCGCGGACAAAAGGUGGGACUGUGGGUGUUGGCCAUCGAUUUGGGUCUGCUCACGGGUCCCCUGGUGGGAGGCUUCGUGGACCUGAUCGACCAUUACUGGAUCCAGUGGCUUACGGCCAUCUUCUUCGCCGUCAUCUUGAUCGCCGAGUUGGCUUUCCUGCCCGAAACCCUUUACCCCAGGGAUUUCAUGCUGUCCAAGACGAAGGGUGUUAUGCCUUCCACCGGUGUAAGUGAUGAGAAGGACCUUGCGAGGGCAACUGUUGCCGCGGAGGAAGUGAAUGUGCCCAGGACGAAAAAGCUCGGCUUUGCCAACCUGAAGCCCGUGCCGGCUAUGAGACACCCCAAGCCAUGGGACUCGGUCAUUCGGUUCGGAAAACUGUUCAUGUUCCCCGUCGUGCCCAUCGCAACGGGCGUGUACUGCUUCGGUUGGUAUUGGUGGGUGUUGUCAGUCAUCACGAUGAUUCCCGUCGCGUACGCCGACUACUCGCCGCAGACUCAGGGAACGGACGGGGGACAACCAUCUGACUUUGGCCGCAGCCUGUUCUUCAUCGGACUCAUCGUCGGCACCCUCAUCUCCGAGAUAUUCUUCUCCGGCAAGCUCAGCGACUGGCUCGUCGUCAAGCUGGCGAAGCGCAACGACGGCACAAAGACGGCUGAGAUGCGUCUCUGGCUCGCAUACCCCGCUGCCAUCCUUACUGCCGUCGGCCUCAUCGUCUGGGGUGUCAGUAUUGACAAGGGGUAUCACUGGAUGGUGGGACAAGUUGCUUUUGCCCUUUUCGGCGCCGGGAUACAGAUGGGCAACACGGCAAUCUGCUCGUACAUUGUCGACGCGUACCCGCUGCAGAGCAUGGCCGUCAUCACGUUCUACGCCGUCCUCCUCAACUUUAGCGCCUUCGUCGACCCCUUCUUCAUCGCGCCGUGGGUUGACAACGUGGGAUACACGUGGGCCUUCGCGGGGCAUGCGAUUAUAACGGUGUUUUUCUGUAUCCCUGCGCUUGCGUCCCUGCAUUGGUUUGGCGGUUCUAUUAGGGAGCGCUGUGGAGCUCCUGAUUGGGUUAAUCCGGAGUAUGAUCAUGAUGUUGUCGGAGAUGCGUAG